AUGGCGCCGGUGAGCGAGCAGCCGGCGCCGCAGGGCGCGGGGGGCCCCGCGGCCGCCCCCUUGCCCUGCGCGGCGGCGGCGGAGCCGCGGCAGGAGAACGGCGAGCAGCGCUGCCCGGGCAGCGACAGCCCGGCGGCGGCGGGGGGAGCCGGCGGGAGCGUGGAGGUGGCGGCGGCGGCCGAGCCCCCCGACGGCGGCUGGGGCUGGGUGGUGAUGCUGGCCGCCAUGUGGUGCAACGGCUCCGUCUUCGGCAUCCAGAACUCGUGCGGGGUCCUCUUCGUCUCCAUGCUGCAGCUCUUCGGCAGCGCAGAGGACAAGCAGCUGGCGUUCAAAACAGCAUGGGUGAGCUCUCUGUCCAUGGGGAUGAUCUUUUUCUGCUCACCGAUAGUCAGCAUAUUCACAGACCUGUUUGGUUGCCGAAAAGUAGCUGUUAUUGGAGCAGCAGUGGGGUUUGUUGGACUCCUUUCAAGUUCCUUUGUAAGCACCAUUGAACCUCUGUAUUUCACCUAUGGAAUCUUAUUUGCCUGUGGUUGCUCGUUUGCCUACCAACCAUCCCUGGUUAUUCUCGGGUACUAUUUCAAGAAACGCCUUGGACUGGUGAAUGGCAUCGUCACUGCAGGCAGCAGCUUGUUCACGGUGUCUCUGCCUUUUCUCUUGAGAGUGUUGAUCGAUUCAGUUGGCCUGUACAACACCUUAAGGGUCCUGUGCAUCCUUAUGUUCGUUCUGUUCCUGGCUGGCUUUUCAUAUAAACCCCUCGUUUCCAAUGCCAAAGACAAAGAAGAAGGGAAGAAGGGGAAGUUCAGAUUUUCUCCGAAAAAAAAGAUUUUCAAUUUCUCCGUUUUCAAAGUUACAAGUUACCGAAUCUGGGCAUUUGGGAUUCCGGCUGCACUUUUUGGAUACUUUGUGCCUUAUGUUCACUUGAUGAAGCAUGUAAAAGACAAAUUUGGUGACAGCGUGCCAGAAGAGGUUCUUCUGCUGUGUCUGGGAAUUACUUCAGGAAUUGGCCGAUUGAUCUUUGGCAGGGUUGCAGAUUAUAUUCCUGGUGCAAAAAAGGUCUAUUUACAGGUGACCUCAUUCUUCUUCAUUGGUCUGAUGUCUAUGAUGAUUCCACUGUGCCGCGUCUUUGGAGGUCUCAUUGCUGUCUGUCUCUUCAUGGGCCUGUUUGAUGGAUGCUUCAUUUGCAUUAUGGCUCCUAUUGCCUUUGAGCUUGUUGGUGCUCAGGACGUCUCCCAGGCCAUAGGAUUUCUGCUAGGACUCAUGUCAAUACCUAUGACAGUUGGUCCACCCAUUGCAGGUUUACUGCGUGACCGCCUAGGUACCUAUGACGUAGCAUUCUACCUAGCUGGAGUUCCUCCCCUUAUUGGCGGCGCUAUAUUGUGUUUUAUCCCAUGGGUCCACGAACGGCAGAAGUUAAAAGAAAAAGCAAAAACUGUUGAUGGAGAAACUACUGAGAAAAUGCUGGAAAAUGAAAGCACUUUUGUGUCAGACACUGCAGAAAAACCAGCCAAAGAAGUGGAAUCUGGUUUUUGAUGCUUUUUUCCUCAACUAGCCUACCCUUCUCCUACAAAAGCUAGAUCAGAUUUCUAGGUUUUGGCUGAAAAAAUGUUACUUAAAGAAGUUUUGAACUAUUGCUCAAAUUACAAGAAUCUUUUAUACCAUUGAACACUUUUUUUCUUUGACAAGUCCUUGAGUUUGAUUUCAAGCCACAUUUUUAAGGUAUUUGAAGUUUUUUAGCAUUAGUGUGUACAUGCAUACUGAUUCUGUGUGUGAAGAGAAUAUUUUUCUAAUUCAUCAGAACAUAUUUCUGGAAAUGUGAAAGCUGUUUCUGAUUCACUGACCGAGGACUCUUUAAUAAUUUUAUGGUCCAUCCAACGCAGACAACGCCCUUGGGUGUUUAUAGACGAACAUUUAGUAGCUCUUGUGAAUGAUUUAUUUUUUUAAGUUUCUUGUGCUGUUUUAAAAUCUUUCAAAAUCAUGAAUGUGAAAAUAGAUCUUUCUGAUUCCCUUUAACUCUUACUGAAAUUAUUUUUGUGUUAGAAAGCUAAAUUAUUAAACAAAGCAUCUGUUUUAUUUUCUCUUAAUACUCCAGCAUGCUCAGUUUGCUUAAACAUUGACCUCUUCUUGCAUUGAUUUAUCUUUUUCACAGUAUCACGAACAAAGAACAUUAAGGAUGAAAUUUGUGAUGGGCACAAGUUUUGAAUAUGCACAAACUAAGCUCAGAAAGCAAAUGCAUUCAGAAGUAAAGCAGCUGAGCGAUAGAUUGUUGUAAUGUUUUUGCUGCCAAGGCAGUACUAUUAAUGUGUAUAUAUAUUUUUUUUCAGCUAAACUUCAAAAUAACUGAUAGUUUUGAAAUCGAACUGACAGCAGUACUCCAGAGUGGUACUGUGAAUCAGACUACAUUUAAAAUUCUUCUAUUGUAUCUUUAGGCUCUUUCUGGUGUUAAUUCUUACACAAAAGACAGCUUUAAAGAAUACAUUUUAAGUGCAAUAAGAUUGUUUUAACAUGUAGAUAUACACUUGAGCUAUUCAGAUGACAUUCAACAAUUGAAAAGAUUUUUGCACUAAGUGAACAUGCAACUUUAUUAUGGGUCUUUACAUCUAUGUUUAAUUGCAUGUAGGAUACCGUGCCGUGUUUUACUGAAAUAUAAAGAAAUGUCUUUGCAUACUCUGUAUUACUUGCUUAACAUACUAAAUUAUUUCCGUUAUCAUGUAUUCCUAGGUAUUAUGUUAUGUUUGUCAAGCACAUGUUUUUGAGACACCUCUUUCUCUGAAAAACGUUUGAAAACAUAAUACUUCACCUGAGAUAAGGAGGACGCUGUGUGCUUUUCAGUUUGUCAUAAAACAUUUCCCAAGUGCAUUGUUUAUUUGUGGAUAUUGAACCAGCAGUACAAUGGAAUACUUAAACACGCUUUAUUUCAGAUCCAUUCAACACCAACUUUUUUUUUUUCCUGUUUACAUGUGCCUUUUAGCAAAGGGAAAACUAAAAAUUAUUUUAAGACUAAACCUGCAUUUUAGUGCAUUUUCUCAAUUAGCAACAAUACCUGUUCUUUACAUAAGUUACAGAGGUGUAUUGUUUUAAAAUUAGAAUCGGUAACAUCUUUCUUAUUUUUGUAAUUUUUCCUUCUUCCAGAAUUGUAUUAAAUCUCUCAGAAAGCCCAUGUACAUCUGUAAUAUGAAACAUUGUUAGCAAUGCUUUUACUUAGAAAGUUUACUUACAUUAAUUUUCAAAAAUGCUUUCAACAUAAUCAUGCAGACAUCCCAGUUAUUAAAGACCAGAGCUCAUACCUUGUUUAUAUUGCAGAAUUUCAGUCACUGCCCCAUGUGAGUGAAGCUCAGAAUAAUUAAAAUGAUAAUGAGGUGUGUAAGAGUGUUUCGGGAAUGGAAAAAAACACAUUAAGAACAGAGGUCCCUUUAUGUUUCUCUAGGACUUGUUCUUCUGAAUGUCAUAAGUAUUUCUGAAAAUUUCCUUAAGAUAGUAGUAGUAUUGUUAAUUAAAAUGAAUACAAAAUGCUGCCUUCGUUACUGGAGUGAUGUUAACAGCCCACACUGUUCUUGUUUAGCGUAUUUCUGUAGAACGUGUUACUCAGUAUUAUCUUCUGUCUGGGCAAUGCAAAAGAUGCUGAUGUGUGUGAUGAAAGCCUUUUAUUUCAUAUUGCUUUGUUUUGAAAAGUCAGUAUUUAUCGCAUAUUUUUCAUGUGUUUCAGCUUUAUGAAUUUUUAACCAAAAAUUAAGCUGCAUUUUAGCAGUAAUGCAAUUUGAAAUUGUUGUUAUUGGACGUCUUGACCUAACUGUGGCAUCUUUCUGACCUGGUUCUCUGUAAUGUCUAUAUAAAUGGUCUGGGAUAGAAUAUGAAAUAAUUACUGUUAAAUUUUACAAAUGAUACAAAUAAUGUAACAGUAGUAAGGAUUAGUUCUUGCUGAACCCUUUAAAAAUGUACAGAAAAAUGCAAAUUCUUAUAUUGGAGUAGCUAAAAAUGUAAGUGAAUGCUUACGAGAUAAAAGACAGCAUUACAAGAGAAAAACUGUACGAAGGGGACAGCUGAGUCAUGAUGUCAAAAACAGCUAUUGAGAUUGGGAUGCCAGAGGAGAGGGAUGCAGAAUUAGGAGUAAAGAAGUCAUGUUUGUGUGAUGAUGUUGGAAUAAUGAACUUAUUUCAGAUGUCAGUGCUUGUUUUACAACAGUAAAAUUGGAAAGACUGCAAAAGAAAAUAAAAUUUCAGAACAGCUAGAAAACAAGUUAUUUUUAAGAGAUGAUUCUGUUAGUGUUGUCAUUGUCAGAUUCCAAUAGGAAAAGCUCUUUAUUGGUCAUAAUUGUAACCAGAUUGUGCCCUAAAGUUAAAUUAGAUUAAUUUAAAAUGGAAGUGAAAUUCAAAUUGUUAGUAGUGAGGCUAAUUAACUAUUGAGAAAAUUACUGAGAAAUAUACUGGAUUUUGUAUGCCCUGAAGUUUUAUAAAUGAGAUUAGCUCUCUUUUCAAAAACAAAAAAGCCAAUAUGAUAAUCAAUAUUUAGUCCAUUUAUGUGAAAAUGAUGGUAUGACAUAGAAUUUUCUCUUAGGCGGUCUUUAUUCUGAAAAAUGAAACAGAAAAGCAUGAAAAAUGAAACAGAAAUUGAAUUUUAUUUUGGCUGAUUAAAUGUAAAUUUUUGUCACAGAACUUAAUUUUAGGUGAGGAAACCCAUUUGUAUGAUGCCAUGAUGCAUGAUGAACCUGUUUAAAAUGCCACUGUGAUAAAAUUUACAGUCCUACUCUUUGUGCUGUAAUUCAAUACAUCAUUUUCAUCAUGGUCAUCUUUAAGUGUAUAUUCAGUAUCAGAUGAGGAAAUAAUGGCAUCUUUCUCCUUUGACUCUUCAUACGUAAUGCCUGGGAAUACACAUUCCUAAGUUCCCUUUAGAGACACUGGAUUUUAAAAGCAGAUGCAUACCACAUUGAAUAUAGACGAUACUUUAUCAGCCUUGCUUUCUUGAACUUCCUCCCUGCAUUAAACCCUUUGAAUAGCCAUAGCCUGGUAAGGCACUUUUUCAUGAGGUGGGAGACUGAAGUUGAAUCAUCUCAGACAGAAGAGACUGAACCUCAUCUUCACACGUACUAGAUGAAUAUUCGGAUCUCAAGCUUAUUACAUAAAAAGUGGAUACUACCCCCUGAAAGCCAAAACACCCUGCUCAGUUACUUGCAUCAGGGAGCACAUGCCAAAGGGAUGGGAGAUGCUUCCUUGCAGCCCUGAGUGAAGUAUCUCAGGAUGCCAUCGUUAGGAUUGUCCUUGGAGAUCAGUCUGAGCAGCUGUGUUCUUGCCGUGCGGGCACUGGGCCGCUCCCGGCUUCGCUGCUCACUCUGGGGGAGCCCACGUGGAAGGGCUCAGCCACCUCUCUGAGCAGAGACUGGAGCUGCUGCCACACCUGGGGUGUGGAUCUCACUCCAGAGAGCUGCAGUCUGAAAAUUAAGUGUUUCAAAAACAGACUUUUAGGUAUCUUAACUCUUCUAUUGGAACUGACCCUCUGAUACUACAAGGUUGUGUGUGUGCGUGUAUGUAUAUUAAAUACAGUAUGUUUUCACCAGGGCAUACUCACGUUGCGCAUUUACUAUAGGAGCUGUAGCACUGGAACUUGGGAGAAAGUGUUUAGAGAUUAAUAAUUGAGAAAAAGUAGUAAUUUCCAUUCAUAUAUUUCAUUAUUGACAAACAUAGCACCAUUAAAAUUCCAGACAGCCAGUGAGGUUUUCAUUAAUGUAAACUUCGGCAUAUUUUUAGUCUUAUAUUGUGACAACAUUUUUAGUAUUUCAGAACUGUGUAUGCUAAGAUUAGACUGAUAAUAUUUUAUACUAAAAUGUGUGCUAAUAUUGAUGACACUGACACAUUUAAAGUAUCUUUAUAGACAUCACAUUUUGUAUGUUGUUUUUGAUAUUUAAAGGGUAUACAUUUUGCUAGCCUUAACUCCAUUCUUUAAAAUUCUGCUUUGUUAUAAGCCUAAGAAAUGAAUGUAUAAAGUUAUUCAUGGUGCUAAAAUAAUGGUGAUCAGUCUCAAAUUAUUCAGAAUAAAGAUAUAGUUCUUAAGUGCCCCUUUGGUAUCACACGUAUCAUUUUUUUAGGUCUUUGUUCUCGUUAAAAUUAUUUUUAAAAGUAAUUGUGUUACGAUUUAUUAUUGAAUCUCACGUGUAGACUCUUAUAAAAGCCCUUACGAUGUUUGUUACAACUGUAUUUGAGCUAGAACAUCUUCAUUAUGUUUACCCUGAAACUGAUACAUGCUGCAGCCUAUUUCAUUCUAGUUGUACUGUGUAUUCAUUUUAAACGCAGUGUUUUAUAUAAGUCUAAACUACUGACUUCUAGAGUUAUUUACAUGCUUCUGCAAAUUUUAUCCACUAUAUUUUUCCUUCUGGGGUGUAAUGAGAUUGCUUUAAAAUAUUUGUGAUUUACAGAUAAUACAUAGAACAAUUGUGUUCACAAAAGACAGAAGUAAAAAUGGAGGGAAGGAGGGAAACAAUGGUAGAAUAAACUUCAGUAGCAUUUGAAAAGAAUUCAAUGUGUUUUGCUGAAUGAACUGCCAGUGUAAUUCAGUAGAACUUUGAUCACUUACUGGCCUACCAUCAAUUUUACCUUGAUUUACUUUCACGAUACAAAGUAUGAAACAUUUCCUCACUGACAGCUUCAGUAAAUCACUUUUAAUUGACCUUUCUUUUGUAGUAGGGCCAAAUAUUUCCUUUUCUUUAAUAAACAUACUUGAUGAUAAAGAGAAAA